CAUUUUUUUGUUUAUAUCUUGGCAGGAUUUUGGAAAGUGCCCUCGACUGCGUCUUUUCACGCAGGAGUACAUCCUGGCUCUGAACGAGCUCAAUGCGGGGAUGGAGGUAGUCAAGAAGUUCGUCCACAGCAUGCACGGGCCCACCGGGCAGUGCCCCCACCCCCGGGUCCUGCCAAACCUGGUGGCAGUGUGUCUCGCCGCCAUUUAUUCCUGUUAUGAGGAGUUCAUCAACAGUCGGGACAACUCCCCCAGCCUGAAGGAGAUUAGAAAUGGCUGCCAGCAGCAGAACGAACGCAAACCACCCAUGCCGCUGCGCCUGCUGCGCCCUGAGCCUCCGACGCCUCCGCCUGCCACCGUCCUACCAAUUUCUGGUACCCCCAGUCCUCCUCAACCGCCUCCUCCUGCCCCCUCAAACCCCACCCCGUCCAUUCCUAUCUCCCUCCCCACACCCUCCCUGCCCCUCUCCCCUCCUCCCUCCGUCGUCAACUCAAGUGAGAUCCUGGUGGAGCUGGAGCGCAACAACAACUCGGCCAACAGUAGGCAGAAGGGCGGUCCAUCGGGGGGCGACAGUGAACCCAACCUGAUCGACUGCCUGCUGGUCAGCCCGGCACUCAGCACUCUGUCCAUCCAGCUGCCGGCGCAGGCCGACCGCGUGCUGGGCUGCUUCGCGCUCAUCCUCAAGAUGCUGUCUGACUAUGAUGAUUGGAGACCUGCUCUCGCCAGCCUGCUGCAGCCCAUCCCCUUUCCUAAAGAGUGAGUACUCUCUCCCUGCACCACUACCUCUGGGGAUGUAUACUUGUUUCUCAGAGGAUACUGUUGGGGCUUCUUCUGACGUGGAUGAGGCACCUUAACAUGCCUCCGGGGGAGUGAUGAACUGGGCUGGUUGGCUUUUCCCUCCACAGAGAGUCCACUUUAAUUGGCUUCAAGAAGCCCUGAGUCUACUGUAAUUGGCUGGCUGUUCCAGAGCUUCAUUAGGGUUGACUGGUGGACCACUUGUUGUUUCUCCAACAGCGGGACUCACCUGUUACUCACCUGCGCCACAGUUGCCUGGUCGCUGCUUUCAGACGUCAUUAGGAAAAGCAACAAUACUCCCCAGCACCCUGUAGCCGAGGAUAUAAUGAGUCACAUUAGUUACACUCACUGGCCCUAAUAAGCUUAAAUCAGUUCGUACACACAUACAGAAACAACUGCCUUUCGUAGUGCGAACAAAUGCUGUACGUCUGUAGAGUGCCCUGAACACAACAGGACCAUGCUGGGAACUUUUGCAAAUAGUUCAAAUUUUUUACUGUAUGUAAAACAAUACAUUGUAAUGAUGGGUUAUUUGACAAUUUCUUGGCUGGGGUAGGUUAGUAAAAGCGUGCUGUGCUGGCAGUUGCACUGUGUUGGGUCAUCUUUGUUGUAGCUGGUCAGUAUGCUGUUGCAGGACAGGAAGCUCCGUUGUCCAGGUGGGGUGCAGUUAGGGUGACCAGGUGCCAACAAGCCAGAUGUGGGACCAAUAGGACAUUAAUGCGGGACAUGUUACUGCGUUGCUUAGAGUUAGAUUAGAUGUUUGUAUAAUGUCUAUCUAACCCUUAAGAAUAAACAUUUCUAUGAAACUAUAAACUUAUAAAUAUUAAU